ACUCUCAGAUACCUACUCAUGGACAAGGCGUGCCCACAAUUGUUCAAACAAACAUCCUCAUACGAAGCAUGGGUCCUGUAUCGGAACUGGACAUGGAAUAUUCGAUGGAUUGCUACUUCCGACAAUAUUGGCGCGACACUAGACUCAGUUUCAAGGGUUCCAUCGAAAAUUUGUCGCUAAAUAUUAAAAUGUUGGAACGAAUUUGGCGUCCAGACACAUACUUUUACAAUGGCAAGCAUUCACACGUCCAUACCAUAACCGUUCCAAAUAAAUUGUUGCGUCUUAAUCAAGCUGGGGAUAUUUUGUACUCAAUGAGGUUAACGAUAAAAGCAUCAUGUCCGAUGCAAUUGCGAAACUUUCCAAUGGACCGUCAAUCGUGCCCAUUAGUGAUUGGAAGUUACGGUUACACUUCCAACCAAAUCCGUUACGAGUGGCAGAAUAAACAGGCGAUCAAUUUCGUGCCCGGCAUGGCGUUGAGUCAAUUUGACGUUUUUAGCUUUCCACAAGGCAAUUUUACGUUUAUUCGACGCGAGGGCGAAUUUAGUGUGCUUCAGGUGUCGUUCAACUUGCAACGUCAUACGGGAUAUUUUUUGAUUCAGGUUUACGUGCCAUGCAUCUUGAUUGUGGUCUUAUCAUGGGUUGGCUUUUGGAUUCAUCGUGAAGCUACAAGUGAUCGUGUUGGCUUGGGAAUCACCACUGUGCUUACUCUCUCCACAAUUAGUUUGGACUCGAGGACCGAUUUGCCGAAAGUUCGUUACGCCACGGCUCUGGAUUGGUUCCUUUUAAUGAGUUUCUUCUAUUGCAUCGCGACUUUAUUGGAGUUUGCUGGAGUGCAUUACUUUACAAAAGUUGGCAGUGGAGAAAUUCAUUUAGCAGAAGCCGUUGAAUGGGAAGACAUCGAAGAAACGGAAGAAAUUGGCGUUUUAGUGAGUUCAACUCGUAGUUCAGCUCAUGACACCCCUACGAAAUCUCUCACUAAACGUCGCAGUAGCUCCAUGAUUUGCCCAAUUUAUAACGAUCCCGCUCAAAUGUUCCGUUCGACGACAACAACAACUUCAGGUCCUUGUUCCGGCUUGUCGACCAUGGAACGACAGACGCAAACGGAAAAUCGUGUCCCGAAAUGGCGUCAAAUCUGGCUCUGCUUCCUGGGUGACGAGAAAUUCAAGCGUGAUCGUGAACGAGAUGUCAAAAUGAAUGCGGGCGGCAGAAAUCGUUAUGUGAAUUCGGUGUCAUUGAUCGACCGAACGGCAAGAGUUGUCUUUCCGGCAUCAUUUACCAUCCUGAACAUCUUGUAUUGGCUCGCUUUCUAUACAUAUCAAAAGGAUUUCUUGUUCCAGCCGAUCAAAGGAGCUAAAGUAAAGUAAAGAAAAAGUUUCACGAGGAAAAUUUCAGUCAGUA